UGGAUGACCCAGAGGAUGGGAAAAUGUGGAAGGGAUGUCCCCCUUGAGACACAAUUUAUGCUCAUUGAGAGCAAUGGCAAUGAGAUUGACGAAGACAAUUCUGCAACAAUCUACAUUGUUAUGCUUCCUCUCCUUGAAGGCCAAUUCCGUGCCGUCCUGCAAGGCAACGACAAGAACGAGCUGGAGAUUUGUUUGGAGAGUGGAGACAAGGAUGUUGUUACCAGGCAAGGCCUUAACCUUGUCUACAUCCAUGCUGGAACGAACCCCUUCGAAGUUAUCAAUCAGGCUGUGAAGGCCGUGGAAAACCGCAUGCAAACUUUCUCUCAUCGCGAGAAGAAAAGGUUGCCAUCUUUUGUUGACUGGUUUGGCUGGUGUACAUGGGAUGCUUUCUAUACUGAUGUUACUGCCGACGGUGUUGAAGAAGGCCUGAAAAGUCUAUCAGACGGAGGUACACCGCCACGGUUCAUCAUCAUAGAUGACGGUUGGCAACAGAUUGAAAGUGAACCAAACGAAGCUGAUGAUUGCGUCGUACAAGAAGGAGCACAGUUUGCUACUAGGUUGACUGGUAUAAAAGAAAAUGCCAAAUUCCAAAAGAAGAAUGAACAGAACAAUGAACAAGACUUAGGCCUGAAGCAUGUCGUAGAUGAAGCAAAGAAAAAUUACAACGUGAAAAAUAUUUAUGUAUGGCAUGCUCUAGCUGGUUAUUGGGGUGGAGUGAAGCCAGCAGCAGAAGGGAUGGAGCACUAUGAAAGUGCAUUGGCCUAUCCAGUACAGUCUCCCGGCAUACUCGGGAACCAACCCGACAUCGUCAUGGACAGCCUAGCUGUCCAUGGCCUUGGUCUAGUGCACCCAAAGAAGGUCUUCGAUUUCUACAAUGAUCUCCAUGCUUACUUGGCUUCAUGUGGAGUAGAUGGAGUAAAGGUUGAUGUUCAGAACAUCAUUGAGACCCUUGGUGCUGGACACGGCGGCAGAGUCAUGCUCACACGCAGCUAUCAUCAUGCACUCGAGGCUUCAAUUGCUCAUAACUUUCCUGAUAAUGGAUGCAUCGCUUGUAUGUGUCACAACACUGAUAGCCUCUAUAGUUCUAAGCAGACUGCUGUUGUGAGAGCAUCCGAUGAUUUUUACCCGCAUGAUCCGGCCUCUCAUACCAUCCAUGUUUCAUCUGUAGCAUACAACACACUUUUCCUUGGAGAAUUCAUGCAGCCAGACUGGGACAUGUUUCAUAGUUUACAUCCAGCAGCUGAGUAUCACGCCGCAGCUCGCGCAAUUGGUGGAUGUCCAAUCUAUGUUAGUGACAAGCCAGGCAACCACGACUUUGAUCUUCUUAAGAAGCUGGUUCUCCCUGAUGGUUCAGUUCUCCGUGCUCAGUUACCCGGAAGGCCCACCCUCGAUUGCCUCUUCGCCGAUCCUGCAAGAGAUGGGACGAGCUUACUCAAAAUAUGGAACUUGAACAAAUACUCUGGAGUAGUGGGUGCAUUUAACUGCCAAGGUGCUGGAUGGUGUAGGGUAGAGAAGAGAAUCCGCAUCCAUGAUGCAUCUCCUGGCACUCUCUCCAGCUUCGUUAGUGCCUCUGAUGUCGAUCUCAUAGCUCAAGUCGCUGGUGCUGGUUGGCGUGGAGAUGUUAUUGCCUAUGCUUACAGAUCAGGUGACAUAAUUCGGCUAUCAAAUGGUACUUCAGUUCCGGUGAUAUUAAAUGUUCUGGAGUAUGAGCUGUUCCAUUUCUGUCCUGUGGAGGAAAUUACCUCAAGUAUCUCGUUUGCAGCAAUAGGACUUUUGGACAUGUUCAACACUGGAGGAGCUGUGGAGCAAGUUGAAAUCCAUAAAGUUUCUGAGAACAACAUGGAACUAUAUGAUGAUGAGGCUUCAUCUGAAGUGACCAAUGAUCCGAGUUCUAACCGAUCAGCAGCAGCAGCAGCAGCAACUAUGUCUCUGAAAGUGAGGGGAAGUGGGAGAUUUGGUGUAUACUCCUCCCAACGGCCAUUAAAGUGCACCGUCGGCGGAGCCAAAACCGAGUUCAAGUAUGACUUGGAUACUGGGUUGACAACAUUUUCUAUCCCAGUUCCUGAUGAGGAGAUGUAUAAAUGGUCAAUACAGAUCCAAGUUUGAGUCACUAAACUUAUUGGUGCACUGAAAUAUACUUACAACACCAGGAGAUUUAUAUAUUUCUUUUGACCCUAGCAUAUCUUUAUCAACUGAUGUUAUUCUCAGCUACAUCGAUCACAAGUACAAAUUCCAUCACAACAAGUACACAAAUUUGUUUGUGUGGAUGGUUAGCUAUUGUUAUAAUAUAUAACAUAACUUAAAUUCACCACUUCAUACAACUAGCAUAAAUGUUAAUCACCUAAUCCACCAAUGCUAAUGAUAACUUCAGUACCAAAUUCUUUACUUCUCGGCGUAUUAAAAAAUACAGAUCUAAUUCUUUUAAUGCUAAUGGUAACUUCAAAAUUCUCUUCACAAAUUUGGUGUUAAAAGUUACUAUUAGCAUUAAGAAAAUUAUAUCUAUAUUUUUUAAUACACUAAAAAGUGAAGAAUUUGAUGUUAAAGUAAUCAUUAAUAGAGCAAUGCUAGGGGCCAGCAGUUUUAUUGAAUUUUGGCCAGCAUGUAACCAGCAGAGAAAGGUGAGCCAUUGGAUGAAAUCUCACACCAAUCUCACACCAUCAAAUUAUCAUUGAUGGCUUGUUGAUAGUUAACAAUCACAAAAAUUGCUGACCCCUAGACUUUUCCAUCAUUAAUAUUAAUAAAUUAGAUAAUUAGAAUUUGUGCUAGUUGCAUAGGAUGGUGAAUAUAGGAUGGUAAAUUUAGGUUAUGUUGUAUGUUGUAAUAAUAACUAACUAUCUACACAAAUAAAUUUAUGUAAUUAUUGUAAUGGAUAUAGCUGAGAAUAAUAUAAG